AUGGAUUACAUGAAUCUGGGGAUCAAAUCCCGUAAAACGGGAUUGAACGUCAAAAAUGAUAUCAAGAAGGAUGAAUAUAGUAUGGAAAAUCUUGAUGAUUUCUUCCAAGAUAAUGAUACAACUAAUUUAUCAGAUAAAAAUCAAAGAAGUAAAAAAAGGAAAAGAAAUUCUUCGUUACUAUCAUUUCAAUCAAUUCAAAAUGGUGAAAAUAUAUUACCCUCUGAUUUAAUUAACUCUCCAACUCCAUCUCGAAAUGCUAUAUUGAAUGUUGACGAAAAGGAAAACGAUGACAGUUCAAGAUUUAAAAGACCAACAAGGACUUCAAUCUUAAGUCAAGCCACUGAUAACAACCUCUACGAUAAUAAUUAUAAUAAUAAUGAUGAUGCUGAUAACGUAUUAGGAACAAUUCAAGAAGGAAAUGAUGAUGGUAAUUAUAUGGCAGAACGGAGAUUAUCUGACAUUUCGAACAGAAGGAAAAGAAGAUCAACUUUCUUUAGAAACAGAUUCGAUAGCAUUAAUACACAGAAAUCAAAUGAUAUCGAUACUACGAGCAUAGUGAAUGAAAAAUCAUACCCUGUAAAUAAUUACCUUCAAGAUGACGAUGACGCGAUGCCUGCGUUAACUGAAAGUGAAAUGGACAAUACAGUGGAUAAUACUUCUUUGAAUACUUCCGAUAAUUAUGUAUUGGAGGAUGAAUUAGAAACUGAUGAAGAUAGAAGUUAUAUUCAUGGUCCAUCAUCAGACCUCGAUUCAAACGGAAGCGGAUCAUCCAAUAGCGACGAUGACGAUCAUAAAGAGCUGAAUUAUGAUAAUAUAAAAACUGAUUCCUAUGGACUAUAUGACUCUGAAUCGGAUGAUGACGCGGGUGCGAAUAAAAGUAUUCUCGAGCAAGCCUCACAAGUAGUUAAUGAUGACUCGUUGGUAAAGUCUGAUGGAUUAAGACGAUCCACAAGGGUGAAAAUCCCAACUUUAGAUUACUGGAGAAAUGAAAAAGUAAUAUAUACUAGAAAAUCAAUUAAACCUGUGUUAGAAAUUUCUAAAAUUGUUACCUUCGAUGAAGAAUCUGAUGAAGAAGAAGAAAGUAGUAAAAAGAAGAAAAGCCGGCUACGUAAUCAAAUCUCCGAUGCUCCAAUCGGUACAGUUGAUGAUAGAGGCGAACAAAAGGAACCGACCAUAACGGUAAAAAAUAAGACUAGAUCUAAACUUGAUAAGAAUAUCAUAGGACAAGUACGUUCUGGUGAAGUAAUAGAAGCACAGUGGCUUAAGAAUGGUAUAUUACAAGGUGAUGUCAAAGUCACCAAAAAUCGAAUGAGUCUAGAGACUCUUGCGUUUGCACCCAAUAUUUCACAGUCAGAAAUAACUCAGGAAACAAUAGAUGAGAAAUUUUCAUUAGAAAUAAUGUUUGAUAAAUAUAAGAAACAUUUUGCUAGUGGGAAGCUAAGACUGCCGAAAAACGGUAAUAGAAACCCUACCGACUCCUUAAAUACCUUUAUGACGUUUUAUUUGAUCCAAGGUACAGUCACCGUUAAUAUUGGCGAAACUACAUUCGUUGCAACUACUGGCUCAACGUUCCAGAUACCAGCAUAUAAUAAAUAUUCCUUUACAAAUAUUGGGAAUAACGAAGCUAAAAUGUUUUUUGUCCAAGUUUGUGUUUCCGAUGAAGAGUUGAUUUCCACAUAUACCAACGAUGAUGCAGACGCUUUAUCCAGCAGUAGCCAUACUAGUAGUAACAUACGAUCUCCUCAAAUGCGAGUACAUCGAAGAUCCAGCUCACCAGUGCGUUCCAGAAGGACUAGCGACAGCUUAUCAUCGACAUCUGCAUCUCUUCAGUGA